CGCGAGCCUGAAGUUUUGAUAAACGCCCAUCUUGGUUUGUUGGCUGAGAAAGAAAAUAUGGCGACUGUGAAAGAGCGAGCUGCUGCUUUAAACCUUGCGGGGAAACUGUACAGCCCCAUGCAGCGUCCUGCCGAUCAGCAGGUGCUCAUUAAUCCAUGCCAGACCAGCUUCAUGUGGAGCAGACUGAUCUCUCACCUCCAGUCAGAGGUGAAGGUGAAGCGGCGACGUCACUUCCUGAAAUCUCAUGACAAUUGCUUUGUGGGCUCUGACGCAGUUACUGUGAUCCAAGCCUACAUCAACCAGAGCAAGGUUUUGGGGGAUGCCGAAGUGCCCAGGGCCAAAGCGGUUCGUGUGUGUCAGGCACUACUGGACUGCAAGGUGUUUGAAGCAGUAGCGUGUAAAACAUUUGGGAAGGAGAGCAAGCUGUCGGAGUUUCAGGACAGUGUCAGCAGCCUGUACCGGUUUCUGAACACCCAGACCUCUGUGCUGAGCAGUGCAGAAAACACUCUUUCUUCUCCCGGCAAAGAGAGAAAUGCAGACAGCCGACUACAUGGGGAUGAUGAAGAUCCACUGUUCUCUCACAGCACUCCAGUAAAACCAGGCCACAUUAUGAACAUCCUGCUGGAGGAGAUUGACCUUAGCCUUAGCUUUCUCCAUGCCGAGGGUUUACCACCAUCAGUGGUCAGUAAGGUGUGGCAGGAGCAGACGGUUCAGCGUUUGCUGCAGCUGAUCGAGCUCCCUCUGCUGGACGGAGUGUUGGACUGUGGAGAGUGUUCCCUCUCAGCUGCCAACAAUAAUGAGCCUGACAUUCUCUACACCAGUAACUACCUGGACAGAGAAAUCCUAAAGGCUUUUAAAGAGUCACAAAAAGAUGAGUGGCUCUUGGCAGCAUUAGAGCUGAUGGACUUUCUGCCAGACCAGCAUGUGGUUGAGGUGAGCAGAGAGCUCCCCAGCUUUUUACUGGACGACGAUGAUGAUGAGGGUGAUGAAGAACACGGACAGUGGAAACCCACAGGCAUCCAGCAGUGCAAAACUCUACUGUUUGAAAUUCUGGCUAAACAUUAUGGACAGACCAGUUUCCAGCCUCUUCUCCCUAGUGGACUGAAUGAUGUCUACACACACAUUACUGAACUUUUGGUGAACGGGAAGUUUAGCGUGGCUCUGGAGGUGUUACAGCUGUGUCUGAAGUUGCUUCCUGCGGCUAAUAGAGAGGAGCUGUACAGGCUGCUGAGCUUCAUGUCACUGGCUGCAGACCCACAACACAUCCGGCUUCAUAAGGAGAUUGAGAAUCGGAUUCAGGUGAAGAAAGCAUUUUGUAGAGCCAUAAUACAAAGCAAGAGCCUCUCAAAAGGCAAAGUGGACUUGCUGUUGCUCUUCAUGCUAGAUAACCAUGAGGACAUCUUCAAGAUCCCAGGUUCUUUGCACAAGCUGGUCAGUGACAAGCUGGACAGCAUUGCAAAAAAGAAGGACCCCAACACACAGGGCCCUGCAUUCUGUCAGCAGAUUUCAAGCAAUGUGUACCACGAUACUGUAAAAAACCUGACAAAUACAGAGUUGUUUGUACUGCUCAGGAAUAUUGAUGAAAAUACACAGUACUCCAUGAAGGAGAAGAGGAGACUGCUGGCACAGUUCUACAAAGGCCAUCCUGAGAUAUUUGCUCAGUAUUUUGGGUCUAGACUGAGCACAAUCAGCUUGUCUGAAGUGUAAUUUGUCCUUUUUCCUGAAAAUGUUUAAACAUUUUGUGUAGAUUUUACUAUAUGUGUAGAUUUUACUAUUUGUUGGUUUUUAGUGUUUUUUCUGUUUGUUGACAAAGAAGGUAAAUUAUUUUUCUAAAUAUAUAAUGGUAUACAGAAAUGAUAUGAACACUAAUAAACAGUUAUAAACAAA